AACCAUACCAAGACGUGGCAAAAGAAGGCCAGCAAUGAUUGUUCGACUCAUCUUCUGUCAUCUCUGGGUGCCUUCGAGAGUUGCAUCGUGGAUAGUCUUGGUUUAUUGAGUCUCUUAUUUUCACCGAUAUCGAAAUAUCUUGCGCCAUCUGAAGCCUACCCCUCCCUAACUUAGUCAGGAGGUCCACCAAAGCUUCAGCGGAUCAAGCCAACCGUCUCGGAGCCUUGUCAUAGAGCUUGGUUCUAUCUCUCCAAGGACGAUGCCACUAUUCGACAGGGUCCGCAGAAAGCUUUCUCGUACCAAGUCUGCGCCAGGCUUGGUACCGGAAGACGACGACGAUGACGACGAGCAAAUUCGAAUCGAGCCAUGGCCAACCACUGCUUUAUCUCUAAGUCCCUCGGACGAACAACUUGUUACCAAGCUCGCCUUUACACACGACACCGAGUUCAUUGAACGACCACCACGGCUUAAGACACCUUCGGUUGCAACCCGGUUUUCGGAGCGGACCAUCUUUAACAAUGUCGAGUCCGGGUUUCUCGCAUUGCCCACAGAGCUCCUCAUCUUCCUCCAGCCGUACCUGACGCCUAGCAGCGAGGUAGCUUUGCGUCACUCUUGCCCAAGGUUCUUUCAUUUGUACACGUUGCCUUCUUUUGUACUCAAGGGAAAGGAGUUAUUUGAUUUCCUGUGCAUGACCGAACGAGACCAGAAUCCAUCCGAGCUCGACAAACUAGUCUGCGGGAAGUGCCAGGAGCUGCACAAUCGCUCGACGUUUCCUUCUUCCGAGAUCAAUCAGGAACCCACCUAUCGAGAUUGCAGACAAAUAUGGCUCUGUGCACACCGUACUCUUGGCUACCAGAAGACGAUACGCAACAUUAAGGCCGGGGUUGAAACACCCUUUCGUGUCGAAACGUUGGAGCCAUGCUCACGAUGCAGAAACUCGAUACGCAACCGAUCGGUCGCCGACCGACCUGAAAAGGGGACGUCCAUGAUGGAAUUGGAAAGCCCAAAAGCACAAUCGCUGUUGAUCUCCAAGAUUGGCCUUCUUCAAGUCCCUUCACCGUUGUAUAACACCAGAACAAGUGGUGGUAGUGGAAUGUACAAGGAAGUUUUCCAGGUCAAGGACGUGUCGGCCGCUCUACAAGCGAUCGACUUUCGCCUGUGUCCCCAUUUGAAACUAGGGGAUCCGUUCAUUUUGAGCAAAUUCUGCCGGGCAUGCCUCAACACGCAACGCCUGCCGCCGGGAGUGAAAGGGCCACUUUGCAUUAGCGACUGGAAGCGCGAAUCCGCCGAGUCAAGGGCCGGAGCCAAAUGUAAAGGCGCUUGUUACACGCGCGGAUGCAAGACACAGUUCAUGUUUCAGGCUCGCGAAAGUCUCUCACCUGAUGCGUCUGGACGACGGCAGGUCUGGUUGAUUAUUGCCAUCUACCGCUGGCUGGGACCUUUGCAGAGCGCAGGCCGGGACCUGACGUGGACCGAUCAUGCCGUCGACCACAAAGAGCGCAGGGACAUGCGUGAGAGGUGGGUGGAGUGGGAGAAGGCCUACAAGAUAGGACUUCAAUGCAUGCCGAACUGGAGUAUUUGUCUGUUGCAUCCCGAGGACUCGAACCUGCGCUGAAGCACACUGCGAAUGUGGUCAAUUGCAAGUGCACUGUUGUCGUUUGUGCAUCCGGAGGUUUCUUGGUUCUCUGGCGUCGACUGUUGUGAGUAUGAGGAAUGGUAUGAUGACCAGUUGAUGAUGAUGGGUGAAUGAAGAUUUUGAGAAGAGCCUCGGAUGGCGAGAUGGUAACGACGUUUAAAUCAAAAGCGUGGACACAUGACUACGAGACAAUCUUUGUGUUCGUCUACAUGGUGUUAUGGAAUCCACAGUUUUCUCCGCGGAUUUCUUGUCAGGAUUCGCAUGUUCUGAAGCCUGGUGGGUGACGUUGGCUCCCUGGCUCCGUGGCAAGGCUGGAUUUGCUUCUCCGGGAAAAUUGUUGUUGGCUGGGCCCGGGCCAUCUCUGUCCGAAGCUCAUGUUGCUACCCCUCAAGCUCAAGCCCCUCCAUCCCACCCGGACAAAUCGGUAUAGGGGCCGAUGUGGCUGGCUCCUAGUCUUCUUCAUCGAAGCCACAGAUUGGACGUGACGGUGUUCCGGCGAGGAGACGGCAUCAUUCGGGGUGACAAUGGCCCUGAGCAACGAGGGCAGGUGCUGAAAAACUGUGGUCGGUAAGGCAUUGCGGUGCACAUACGGAUAAUAGUGGUCCUGAGGUCAUAAUCUCGCAGUUUUGUGAGCUUUUUGCUACGUCACGAUAUCAACAACAUUUCACUA